AAAGUUAUCUCAUAGGCGUCUUAUAAAUGCGUUUACCUCAUCUGGUUUUACUUUUUUAAUGUUCAAAUAUCUAAACAAAUACAUUUUGUCACGAAAAUGCAUUUGCAAUUUGUGUUCGUAAUCAGUUUAUUAUUUUUAUGUUUUAUCAGAUUUCAGCACAGUAUUGUUCGAUCACCAUGGAUACAAUUAGAAAAGCACCAGUCCAAGACAGGCAACGAGGUUGUUUGCAGUUCGUCUCAAUUUUAUAUUGGGACAAUUUAUUUCUACGAAAGUGAAAGACUAGUAGUGGAAAUCUGGAACAAUGGAAGUGUUUGUCGCCUUAACCCGGAAAAGCUGCAUAUACAUUUGAGGUGUGGCUGCAGGGGUGUAGCGAGCACAUUAUGCAAUAUUACUGUUGACCAUUCGAACACAGGCUGCCAGACAUGGAGAUGUGCGGCCGUGAUAGAUGGCGUAUUGACCUUCAGCAAUUUUGUGGACAUAUGUGAUCACGUAAGCACAAGUACUUCUACCGCAAGGAGUCCUUCUACAACAGAUGUAUAUCAAUACAUGAACUGUAAUUCCACAAACAUAGUCAAUAGGGUAGUCGAAAAGAACCGUGAUCUGUUUGAAAUAAAGAAAUAUUAUAGAGAUAACAUUUCGAUGUUGAUAGACUCAUUUAAAAGCGAAGACGAUGGUUCAAUAGAGACAUGUAAAGUUGAAGAACCAGCGGAGGAAGAAUGGGCCAUCAGCAUUUUAUAUCCGUUUGAAGUAUGCGAAACGUCCAUCCUUGUUGAUAAUAAAUCAUUAAGACAGACAUGUCAAUACAGGCAUGGUAACCCGAACAUCACAGUGAAAGUAGAAACAGUUUCAACAUGUCCAUUAAUAACAACAACGUCCAGAUCGGAAAUUAAUAUAUCUCUGUGUGAGUUUGUCAAUCAAAAUGAUUUAGGUGAACGGAAAUUCGUUGAUUAUGCGACUGGUCUUUUCAAAGUGGAAAUCCUUUACCCUGCCACAAUACUUCAAUACGACAUUACAAUAGAGGAAAUACGUUCACAUGCGUGGAAUGUGACGUCAGAUGGUUUACGCUACAUACGAUUCAAUUGUCAUGGAAACGGAAACCCAUCUCCAAUAAUGACGUUAAUUAAAGAAAAGACAGUACUAGUGAGCCAAAACACUCAUUUACAGCAUAAAAUUCAUUUAUCUUCUAAACAAGAGUCGAACAUAUAUACGUGCAUAGCUUGGAAUGGACUUGGAAGUGAUAAUAAAUCAAUCGUUGUUAACCCUCAACCCGUGGUUUCGAACUCCCGCCGAGAAAACAUUCCUACUAUUAACAACAUGGUUAUCUAUGUCGUCAGCGGGGUUGUGGCUCUAGCUCUCGUUUGUCUUCUGAUUCACCUUCUAUUAAGAAGGGUCAGCUGUUAUAGACCCUUGCGAUGUACAGAAAUUGGUAGCCUUACAGUGCGUAUGGUUGCCAUAGAAACAUCAGAGCAGAUCGCUCCCGAAAUGCAGACAACAGAUGAAGGCAUAGCUAUAAGGACUGGCAGCGUUCAUCUUUACGAGAGCAUUCCACCAUCACCCAUUGCAGAUGUAUCAUUUAGUGAUGUAUCAGAAGAUAUUGAUAUAGAUAGUGACCUAGCCGAUAACAGAGUGGUACAAUUUGCCGAGACAGGUCGUUACGAAAUUCUGGAUCGAAAUAGGCGAGAAGAUAUGACAACUUACAUCAAUUUGCAGAUCUAAUCGAAACACUCGGCAAAGGAUUACACAUUACAUCAAUUUGUAGAUAAGAUUGAAACAAUAUGUUACAUAAUGUCAUAUUGAUUAAAAUGUAUUGUUAAUAUUAUUUUACUUGCUGAAUACUUUAUGAAUCAUUCCGAUUAAAAAAAAUACAAGGACAAAACAAACCCCUACAUCAUGUAGGGUGCAUGGGGUCAUUACUAUUCUUAUUUAAGAAUAUCCGGACCUCGUAAUAAUAGUUAUGACCCCAUGCACCCUACAUCAAUAUAACGUUAUUAUGAACUCAACUAAUAUCUAUGUUCAAACAUUAUUUUGUGUUUCUUGUGCCACGUGAACAUUGUUUAGAAAACUGUAAUCGGACGUUAUAGAGGUCCGAGAUGUGUUAAAAGAUAUGUGAAUGCAAUUUUUUUGUAAUACAGUCGCUUGGUUAUUUGGAGAAAUUAUAAAUAACGUGUUUGCCAUUUUAUUAGAUAUACACAAAGAUGUGCACUCGCCGUGACAAUUUACUAUCGCUACGAAAGUUGAAUGACUUACAUAAACAACCAAGCUAUGUAAUAUGGAUCUUUUACAACCAAUAUUGCUGCUUCUUCCUGUAUUUGCACGAUGGUGAUCUAAAAUAUUAACUAUAUGAUGAUAUAUUCGUAAUUCCAUUUCAUCGUUCCUCAAAAAGUUGUAACUCUGUUGCUCUGGUCUCCUUCCUUCCAUUGAGUAAUUAAAUGGUAUAUAAAUUGAA